GCGAAAAUUCCCCCGGACAACAAAACAAUUUAGGACAGAAGAGCAGUUCAAACAAUUUACAUUUAUAUCAGGAUAUUGAUAGUCUGAGAACAACCGUAAUUUUAUCAGAGGAAACGGAAGAGAAAGACCUUGGAAUAAUUGUCGAAGAAAAAUUAAACUUUAAAAAGCAUUUACAAACAGUCGUAAACAAAGCGAAUCGAAUACUUGGAGGCAUCAGGAGAUCGUACACACACUUGGACAUUGGUCUGCUUGAAAACGUUCAACGGCGAGCCCUGAAAAAUCAAGAAGUAGAUUGGACAUGUGGAAAUACUCGUUCACUCAAAGAAUUGUGGACAGCUGGAACUCUACCAGAAACUGUAGUUCAAGCCCCAAAUUUAAUCAGUUUCAAAAAAAAUAUACAAAGUUAUACUAAGUUAUAGCCAUAGUACAACACUCAAUCUUUAUCAUCAUUUAAUUACUAUCACCUAUAGCCAAGUUCAACACACAACUUUUACUAAACUACAAAAAGAGUUCAGGAUCUUCAGAAAGCACUAAAAAAAAAUUUAUAUAAUCAAUUUGCCGUCCUCGGUUUGUCUUACUUUAACUUUAUAAUGCUCCUAAGACCACAGUUAGGUAAGAAAUAAUUGUUCUUUAUUUCGUUAUUUAUAUAGACUGGUGUGUAAACUGUGUUUAAAGCUAUUCUGAAUGACGCGAAAGUGACAUUGGACAAGAUUUAUUAUACGGUACUGUAAUUAUGACGUCACAAUAACAUGCAUAUUCCACGUCACUUGGUAUUUUACGGGGUGACGUCAUAAUUGCCUAUCUUAGUGACGAAGGGUUAAGUUGGAUUAUUUGAGAGAAAACGCAGGAACAAUUUUCUGAAGAUGUCUGAGAGAUUAAUGGAAGGAAAUAUGUCCUUGUACGGGAAGAAUUACCCGUCCCCUGGAGAACUGGCUGGUCUGUGGAAAAACGUCUUACAGAGGAGAGACAGGAUAAGUAAGCGUCACCUUUCAACAGUAGGAGAUGGGUCUACAAACUGGCCUGGUAUCCAUCAAUGGUCCCGGCAGAUGAUUGAGGAUGGUAGGGAUACAAUCUACGGUCCCCGUACACGGACCACCGUGGCGGAUGUGUCAACCAUUUACAAGCGCCUGUUUCAUAUUAAGUAUGAUUACGACAGUAAGAUCCACAGAGAUGACCGCAAGCCUAUGUCUACUACUGGUCAAGCUAUGCAUGAAGAGGAAACCCGUCGGAUAGUUCCGGUUCUAAGUUCGUCCCAGUACGGAAACCGUGUGUACAAACCACUGGAAAACUUCAGUCGUACGCAUGUAUGUAUAGAACAUAUACAAAAAGGAUUCUACCACAAACGGGGCACAGGAUUGCCUCCCCUAGAUCCAUAGCUCUGUCAUCCGAAUAAACAGUUUGAUGGAUUGUCCCGUUUACAUUGAGUUAUAAUUUUAAGUCAACAAAAUAUAAAAUCUUAGUGUUACCUAAGGAAAUGUAUGUAUCCAAACAAUACAAUGAAAAUCCAAUUCUGAACACAAACUGUAAUAAA